AUGAAAUUCGGAAAGAGCCUCAACAACCAGAUCGAGAAAACCGUUCCCCAAUGGCGCGACAAGUUUCUCUCUUACAAGCUUCUCAAAAAGAAAUUGAAGCUUGUUCAACCAACUUCCGAUGAACGCCCGAACAAAAGAGCUAGGAUAGACGGCGACGGGGAAAUGUCAAAUGAAGAAACCGAUUUCCGGAAUUCCCUUGAAAAUGAACUCCACAAAUUUAAUAGUUUCUUCGUUGAGAAAGAGGAAGAGUGCAUUAUAAGAUUCAAGGAGUUACAAGAUUGUGUGGCUAAAGGAAGGGGUUCUAACGAACAAAUGAUGCAAAUUCACAAGGAUAUUGUUGAUUUUCAUGGAGAAAUGGUUUUGCUUGAAAACUACAGUGCGCUUAAUUACACAGGACUAGUGAAAAUUCUGAAGAAGUAUGAUAAGAGAACAGGGGCUCUCAUUCGGUUGCCAUUCAUUCAGAAGGUUUUGCAAGAACCGUUCUUCACCACUGAUCUGCUCUACAAGCUUAUAAAAGAGUGUGAAACAAUGUUGGAUGGCCUUUUCCCCUUCGGCGAGUCCGUUGAAUCGAGCGGAGAUGUUCCUUCUACUUCGUCAAGUGCUACAAACAGCGAUGAUCAGUUUAUGCUGAAGGAGAUAGGUGAAAUGCAGAAGAGUCUCUAUUUGAAGAGUACAAUAUCUGCUUUGCAUGUUCUGCAGGAAAUCAGAAGUGGCAGCUCUACAGUUAGUAUGUUUUCUUUGCCACCAUUGGAACAAACUUUGAACAAAAUUUCUGUUUUUGAACAAACAGCCAAGUAA